AUGCUGGAACCGUGGAACAAUAAACUUCUUUUACCUCCCCCAGUUCAUACUUAUUUAUGUUUGGAAAAUAUUGAUAUCCGAUGUUUGAGACGUGUGUGUGGCUCCGCAAAGAAUGUUUUAUCUAAACAAUCGCCUUUACACAAAGAAAGUGCAAUAUUGUCAAGAUUUUUAUAUAAGUACGAUAAAAAGUUUCGAAAUGAUAUUGGAUACCGAAUUUUUAAAAAAGUUAAUACUGCGCUUCGUAGAUAUUUACUGUUAAAUUUUAUUAAAGACCUAAAGGAUUUUGAUAUGGUUUUGCCAAAUGAAGAAGAAAAUCCACUUUACUUACCAACAAGACAAAUGUUAGAGUAUGUCUUAGUAAGAUUAAUGACAUUAUCAAAACUAAUGUUAAGAAUAUCAGUUUGUUGUAAGCAGGCAGCUGUUUUCUAUUUUGAUAGACUAAGAAGAGGGGAAAGUCAUUGGAUGUCAUUAAUGCCGUUUGCACUUUUAAGUAGAGUGUGGUCUUUGAGUAAUGUUUUACUUCAACAUUGUUGUAGUUGGUAUUUGCAAAUGUACCCAUUUCUUAAAAAAUUACAGUUAAAAGGUUUAACUUUUUUACCAGAUGGCUAUGAACUGCCAAUAAAUUUAAAUGACUGGCUUGAUUUAAAAAAUCAUGAGCACUUUGGACGUUUCCAAUGGUCACAUAAAGAUGUGAUCAAAAUGGAUCCAACUUUUGAUGAAGAUGAUGAAAGUGAUAAUGUUGAUAGCUUAAUGAACUAUAUUAAUGAAAUAAAUAAAGAGACUGAUCAAAUAGUUACGAACAAUUUGCCAAAUGCUGAUAAAAUCACUGUUGAAACAACAGGAGUCUUGGCAGAGAAACAUGUUGACAAAGGGGAAGCUCUAUCUAGAGAAAGUUUUAAAAUUUUCUUUGCAACACCUGAAAGUGAAAUAAAAAUAAAGAAUAACUCUUAUUACCAUUCAAUAGAUAGAGUUACUAACAGGCAAACCUUACUUGAAUUCAUAAAUAAGGAAGAAUCAUUUCGAUAUGAACAGAGCACAAAGUCUCUAACAAACCAAUUAAGCUUUAUGCAAUGGGAAGCUUUAAAAUCUUCUCUACUUAAACUUGGUGAAUCUCUCAGUAAUAAUAGGAAAAUUCAAAGAAAAUUCCUGAAACUAUGGAAAGAUAAAUGCUUAGACUGUAGUUAA